CUUUUGAGUAGUUUAUCUUUUUUCCGUUUUUGUGUUUCUGGUCACCAAACAUAACCACACAUCUCCAACAGAAUUAAUUUUAAGUGUGUCCCCCAUUUCUCCCUUUCCAUACUAAACUGUUCAACUACCCUUCCUUCCCCCCACAGGCCUCAGCCUUUCAUCAUCUAUGUAUGUAUAAUUCAAUUCAAGCUCCUCUCUGUAUCAUUUACUUCUUUUGAAACUGAAAUGGCCACAAUGUGCAGGUUCGUCUUGCUUUGUUCUACUUUUCUUUCUGUGUUCUUCCUGACCUCUGCACAAUCAUGCGUCAACUAUGCCUUCAAAAAUAACAAGCAGUUUAGCGCUUGCAAUGAUCUCCCAUAUUUGAACUCCUUUCUUCAUUGGACUUACAACCCUUCCUCGGAAACCCUCCAGAUUGCCUUUCGUCACGCCGGAAUCACGUCUUCCAGAUGGGUUGCCUGGGCUAUCAAUCCGCAGUCUAAAGGCAUGCUUGGAUCCCAGGCCAUUGUGGCUUUCCAAAAAUCCGACGGAACUAUGAGCGUUUACACCUCGCCGGUGACCGCUUACCAGACCAACUUGCAGCAAGGAGAUUUAAGCUUUCCGGUCUCCGAUUUGUCGGCCACAUUUUCCGACAACGAAAUCGUCAUUUUCGCUACUUUGCAGUUGCCGAACAAUAGCUCGACUGUGAACCAGGUCUGGCAAGACGGACCAGUUUCGAAUGGUUCCCCUCAGACGCACGACACUUCGGGCGCUAAUGUCCAGUCAAUGGCAUCUCUGAAUCUUCUUUCCGGGCAAUCUGCCCCAGCCGGAGGUGGCGGCGCAGGGAGUUCCAAAAUCAAGAAAAAGAAUAUUCAUGGGGUGCUGAACGCAGUGAGCUGGGGAAUCAUGAUGCCUCUUGGCGGUAUGAUGGCCAGGUACCUGAAGGUGUUUAAAUCUUGCGACCCGGCGUGGUUUUACCUUCACGCUACUUGCCAAACCUCGGGCUACAUCAUCGGCGUAGCCGGAUGGGCGACUGGUCUCCGACUGGGCGCCGACUCUCCCGGCGUUCAACACACAGCCCACCGGGCCAUCGGCAUUCUCCUUUUCUGUCUCGCAACCCUUCAGGUGACUGCUUUGCUUGUAAGGCCGAAAAGGGAGCACAAUUACAGGCUGUUCUGGAACGUGUACCACCGAUCGAUUGGAUAUGCAGUGAUCAUCCUGAGCGUGAUUAACAUAUUCAAAGGAUUCCACAUCUUGAAUCCCGUGGAGAAAUGGGAGAGAGCUUACGUUGGGAUAGUCGUGGCUUUGGGCCUGAUUGCGGCGUUCUUGGAAGUCUAUACGUGGAUCGUAGUUAUGAAGAGGAAAAACUUAGCCGGCGGCGAGAAGAUUCCGCCGGCGCCGGGCAUGAUUAAUGGAAGAAAUUAUAAUGGGUUGAAUGGGGUUGGCGCGAGGACACAAAAUGGACUGUAGUUGAUGGACGCUAGCUGUCCUUGAUUUUUAUUUAUCUUAAUUUGACGUUUUACCAUGCAUUAUACAUAGAUGAUGAAUUGGCUUCA